AUGGCUAAGCAGCUGAGCGCCGAGGAGAUUGCAAUCUUCCGAGACUGCUUCAAUGAAUACGACACGGACAAGGGCGGCAACAUCACCGUCGAGGAAUUCGCCAGAGUGAUGCGUAAGACGAAUCCGUCCGUCUCAGAUGAGGAAGUCUCCAAGAUCAUCAGCGAGGUCGAUCUUGACGGGGACGGAACUAUUAACUUUGAUGAAUUCAUUACCAUGAUGACGGGACAGCCUUACAAGAGCCCAGAGCCGGCUGCUGCUGCCGGUGAGGGCACCACCACCGGGACUGACGGUACGCAAGCGAGCAUCGUGGGCAGUGUGGCAGCAUUCCGGGGCGUCAGCAACGUCUCGGCUCUGCUCAAACGUCAGCGAGAGACUAAUAGAGUUUUCAAGGACGCGUGGCUGGAAAUUGAUCCCACCCUCAAGGGGUCGAUCACCCCCGGCGAGAUGGAACAGGUUGCGGCCAAAGCCGGCCUGGUUGUCACCGCUGCUGAUGUCGAGGGGAUGAUCGAUCCCGCGAACGGAGAGGGGAAGAUUACAUACGACAAGUUUCUUGAGUUCGUGAAGCGGCAAGAAGUCGAUGAUAUUGUGAGCGGAUACGAGUGA